AUGAGCAAGCAUUCGCGACGUUGGGUUGCCGCGGCCCACUGCCCGUUUCUCCACCUCUCGGUUUCGUUCCUCUCCCGCGCCUCGCGCCCCAUCCUUCCCCCCUAUCCUUCCCCCGAUCGUUCCGCCCCGCCAUUCCGCGCAGCUCGCCGCGCUCACGGCGCCUCGGGAGCGUUCAUCAGCACGCAGGCGCUGCUCGCCCUCGCGCUCGCUGUGCUGCUGCUGCGAUCCUACAUUAGUCGCCAAGCCGCGGGCGGCCAGGCAUGGGCGGCGCUCUUCCCGUGGGGCUGCGCGCUGUUCGCCUCUCAGGCGGGCGUGGCUCCGCGCCUGGUAGUGGGACGCGCGGGAGAGGUGGCCAUAAGGGAGGGCGCGAGACAGGUGGCCAUAGGGGAGGGCGCGAGACAGGUGGCCAUAGGGGAGGGUUCGGGAGGAUGGGUCGACAGUGCCGCUGCGUUGGGGACUGUUGACUCUGAAGCUGCGGGCGCGGGUGCAUCUGAUGCAGUUGCGCGCAGGGUGGACGCGGGUGAAGCUGCGGGCGCGGGAAGGGUAGCGGAGCAGCAAGGCCCGUGGCUUAAGGCGGCGACAGCGGGAGCUGCGGAGGCGGAUGGCUCAAUCUCAACCGUUGAUGCUUCGGAUGGCAGCACGUCCGCUGGCAGUAACAGCAGUGGGGCGGGGGGUCCAUCAGAGGCGGCGGAGCAAGCAGAGCAAGCAGCAUGCGAGUGCGCUGCCCUCUCAGAGGAGGACGUGCGCGCGUGGCAGGCGGAGGAACACACGUCAAGAGGAGCAGAGGUGCUGCGGGCAGUGUGGGAGGAGCGUAGGGGCUAUGUGUGGCCAGUGUGGGGGCUGUGUGUGGCCAGUGGGGGCUGUGUGUGGCCAGUGGGGGCUAUGGUGGGGGAUUGGGAAGGUGAUCUCAUGUCCUUGUGCGGUGGGGAUGCUCUCAUCUCAUCUCCACCGCUUCCUGCCUUUUCAACCAUUCCUGCUGCCCUCUGUGUGCGCCGUGCAGUGCUGGACGCCAAUGAGAGGCCGUUUGACAACGGGUGCAGGUAG